GUGGUAAAGAAGAAGAAAAAAAAAAUGGGAAAAGAGUUAAAGACGGCAUCACGGCAUUAAGGCCCUAAUUGAGAGACAUGGAAGUCGGAGAAGAGUCCAGACUCGUCGUCUUUGUUCAUUAACAAACAAUUAAGAAUGGGAAUUGGAAUGGGAAUUGGAAGUCACGGACCCCUAAUUGAGCUAUCGGCUGCUUGUUGUCAUGUAGGCGAAUUGGUCCAACUCAUCGUCUUUGUUCAUUGCUCAACUCCCGUUCAGGGAAAGGUAAGUGUAAACUCAAAAUCAUGUAAAGUGGUGAGGACAGACUUGAAAGUUGGAGACGAGUCCAGACCAUAUUUCUUCAUCUCCCUCUGGAAUUCCCACAUUCCCAAGGCUUCCUCUGUCUCUGCUGGCGACUUUCUUUUUUUACGAAAUGUUCAAGUUAUGGAAUUUAGGGCUAUGGUUGAAGCUAGGAGUGUCCCUUAUUCAUCCUUUCUUCCUCUCAUCCAUACUUAUACUUAUUCUUCCCUCCUUUCUCCAGGCGUCGAUGAUUUGGUCACAUCUUGCCCCCUUGUGGAAACCGCUAAAGAAAAGCUUAGGAGGGUCAUACACUGGGUGAGGGUGAACCAAACAUCAUCACUUCCACGGACUACUCUCUCUAAUCAAACUCCAGCUUCACCAAACUGGAAGGUGCACAAACAGGAAAAACCUCGUGACUGUCUCUUGCUCUCACAGGUAUUAGCCCUGUCUGCUCCUUGUAAGGCUGUCUUUCAUGCGUCAAUUGGUGAAGUUCUUCUGCAAUCUCUGCCACUCGUUCUUGAGAAAGAAAGGCGAUUCCUCAGCAGGCGAUUGGUUACCAAAACAGACAUUAUAGUGGAAGAUAUGAUUUCUACAGGCUGCCAGCUCUGUGGACUCCCAUUGUGUUCAGAUUCCACCAGUGUCGGAAAAGACAGUCCAUUAUAUUGUGGCAAGAGCUCAAAUCGACUUCAUAUUGUUGGCUUCAUAUACAGGCCAUUUAUGCUCUACGUGUGGGAUAAGUCAGAGUAUAUUCCACUUCUUGUUACAAAUAAGGCAGCUGAACUCCUGUUUGGGAACAUCACUGCUGAAAAAGUGUACCUGUCAUACAAGGAUGACCAAAAGGAUCCUCAGAAGCUGAAAAACCCUGUGAAGGCACAUGUUAAUGUACAGGAUUCUGUAAAAGUUGAGGAGAAAAGGAUUGAGUCUAGCCCAUCAGUGGGAGCUAUGGGAUUAGAGACGAGGAGGAAUUAUAAUGACUCGCGAAGCCGAAACUUCUAUCUGAUUUGGUUAAUUGUGUUAAAGAUGUUGCUGCUUCAAGGGAAAAAUAGCUUGUUAAAGUUUGAAGCUCAUGUUAAUCCUAGCUUGGAACCGGAGGAUGGGAGAUUUCAGAUGAUAACCGUGUCCAUGCCAUGUUCAAAUUAUAAAAAAAGUUCUGAUAUUUAAAGAA